UCUCAGCUGCGCCUCGCAGAAUGACUCCUCCAGAUGAAAAUUGCUACGCAGAUUUAACUCAACUAGAACUCUACGAACAGCUUUGGACCUGCAGUAUCGCGCAGUGGUACAAAAAUCCAAAUCUCGCUCGUAUCACCUUUCCAACGCGAUUCCUGUCUCUCUCCGACGCAGUAGUGAGGCACCUACUGGACAGCGAAGGCAUAUUCUUGGAUGCGCAAUGCGACAUUAGAAGCCUCGAUCCAUGCGGCGACGACUCAGACGACGAAUGGUCUAAAAAUCCAGGGGCGCCGCCCUCGCAGGAGGAAGAAUCAUCGGACAGCUCAGUCAAUAGAAAACGACUGGAUGUGCCUGAAGAGACAAAAGAACGAAUAAAAGCGGCUCUGAAAAUGUGGGCCUCCCCCGGAAAAGAUGGCGGUAUCUUUGUCAAAUGCUUUUGGUCAUCGGCACUCGACGCACGUUGGAUAAUACCUUGCGGGACGCUAAAAUGCACGACCACCGAUGAAGUCUUGCUAGCCAUACAAGCGUCGGAUCGCAUCCGAAGCGACUUGGAACUGUUCAAAAAGAUUCAGUCGAGUCUGCACAGUCAAGAGGCCGCCUCGGCCCCGCAGCUGGCUUUGCGGAAGUGGCACAACGUCAACACAUCCAUGGAAUUCAGGUGCUUCGUCAAGCACCAUGAACUCAUAGCAAUCAGCCAGAAACAGAUAUCGGAAUGCUGGCUCUUUCUGUCGAAAGAAAAAAAAGACAUCGAAAGCAAAAUUAUCGAAUUCUGGCAAACAAAGUUGGCGGAUCAUUUCCCACUCGACUCUUACGUAUUUGACACUUACAUACACUCGCGAGGAUCCGUGUGGUUGGUCGAUAUUUCCCCCUACCACGCGGACUAUACAGAUCCUCUUUUGUGGACAUGGGAGGAAAUAGAUGCAUUGACCAACGUCAGCCAUCGAGCCGAGCUGCGAGUAGUGGAAGAACAAGGCAUCGUUCCCAACCUCUUCCGUAUGACGACAGGGCUUCCAUACGACUUAUUGCAAAUGGAAGAAAUCAAACAACUUCAGUUCGACAAAUUGAUCGACUACUUGAAAAACUUGCCAAACCCGAAAAAAAAGCAGAUCAACCCCGAUGCCAGCCAGCAAUAAUAGACGCAAACCAAAAAGCUCGGGCAAGCAAUUCUGAAAAGAGACUUCCUCCACCGUUCAGAGCAUCGCUUUCUCCCGCCUUGAGAACGGAUAAAAUCAACAAAAUAAUGAAGAUGUUCAAAAAUCACCAGGAAAACGCAUUUGUUAAGUGACAGAGAUGACCCAAUCGCAGCAAACGCCAGAGUAUCGAAAAUGUGUCCCAGGCAUUGUACCUCUCUUCCUGGAAUUUUUUUGUGUCCACGUGUCCCGGAUUGACGCAAUCAUUCGCGGAGAGAUGCGCACACGCCGCUCGCCAAACAAGGAUUGUUGUAUUCAGUGAAAGCAUCGAUUGCCGGGGCAUUGAGCAAA